CGCCGGACAAUGGACGUGAAUCAGGUUCUACUUCCGGGGGUUGCGAUUUGUCAUGAUGCGUUUUUAUUCCUGCUUUGUAAUGUUGUUUUCAGUGUUUUAAACUUGUUUUUAUUUGUUAGGUAGGCUCGGCAUUAAUCAAAAGUUACAAAUCCUGCUAACAAUGUAACUGCAUGGCGGGUUUUUUUGGACCUUUGGAAUGUUUAAAGGGAAAAAUAUAACGUGUUAGCAAAUGUAGCUAACAUUAGCUAUCCACCAUAUAACUUAGCCGCUAACUUCAGGACCAGCCUGCAGGAUGUCUAAACUUGAACGUUUGAAUGCUCGUGUGACCAAGCUCCUGACUGAAGCGGUGCAGGAGGUUCUGGAGGUGGUGAAGGAGACAGUGUCAGAAUACCAAGAGAAAACAGCCAGAACACAGAGAGAGAAUGAGAAUCUGAAGAGACAACUGCAGGAGCUCCAGGACAAGAUAACAAAAGAGAGCACACCUGCUCUACCUGCAAGUGGACCUUUGCCUGAAGAAAAACAAGACACAGAGAAUCACGGGCAAGACUUGAGCCUCGCUUGGAGGCACAACCCAGGCGUCACUCUCACAGAGCAAAACCCAGUGAGCAGCCAGGAACCUGACCAUGACGUGAAGCAGGAAUGCAAAGAACAGGACAGCUACAAUAAUUCUGAAUCAGAAGCUGAGUAUAGCUUAGUACAAACGUCAACAGAAGAUUGCAAAGCACCACCUGAGGAGGAGGCACACAUUAUCGAGGAGGUAUUGACUGUCCAAACAUCAGACAGAGCAAACAGGGAUCCCAGUUCUGUCUCAUCUAACAAUCUGUGCAAUGUUCACUCCAGUAGUCCUCUUGGGGUAAACCUGACUGCCAUCAAAAGAGAACCAGAACCAACAGACUGCACGAUAUCAGAACCGCCGCCUCUUCAAGAACAGUACACUGGAUGUAUGGACUUAAGCUGCAACUCUUCUCGUCACAACUCUGCCGAGACCCACAGGCCACAGGGCAGCGCUGAAACUUACGGACUUGUCUUUGUCCACUCAGGUCACAGUAUACCUAGGAGACAUGGAUUUGCAAAAACCAACAGGGUUGCUUUUGACGUGAGAAGAAUAAGGAGGGAACACUUAAGCGGAGAUGACUCACACUUGUGUGUCGUAUGUGGAAAGACGUUCAGCAGGGUCGGGAAUUUGAGAAUCCACCAGCGUUGUCAUACGGGAGAGAAGCCGUAUGGCUGCAUACAGUGUGGGAGGCGUUUCAGUCAGGCAGGAGACCUGAAAAAGCAUAAGAGGGUCCACACAGGGGAGAAACCGUACUACUGUAACCAGUGUGGAAAGAGCUUCAGUCGAGGGGAGAAUCUUAAAAGACACCAAAAGAUCCACAUUGGAGAGACACUGCAGUUACAGCAAGCGUGGAGGGAGCAACAGCUGUGAUUUUAAUACUAGACUCAGUGCAAACCAUUAAAAUCAGCAAAAUCUGUGAAUGAUCAUUUUUGGUGUGUGUCCCUAGUUUGAAAAUAUUAUUUUAUUAUAUAUUUAAAUAAUAAACUACAGAGUACAGGAAAAGCCCACUCUCCUGUAAAUAUACCGCUGAAUUGUUACGAGGAGUUACUUGCUGUUUGGGAUUUUAGUUAGUUGUGUGCUAAGUACACAGUCUGUCCUUCUAAAUGACCUUUUUUCACAAUAGACAUUUUAGUAUGUCCUGACAUGAAAAGCACAGGUAUAAUUAAUAACAUUAUAAAAACACCUGCAGUUUUGGUAAGAUAGUUCCUGGGUCCUGUUAAUGUGCAUACUGACUCACCAUCAUGGCUCACUGGAACACUUAUGGGUUGGAGCCACUGUUAACGAGAUUUGUUUCAUCUGUGCUUUGCCUACUAUGACAAGACAAACUUUUUCCUGUGUAAAAGUCUGUCACGAGAAAACAGGAGUGUACGAGGUCGUCACUUAACCAAAGAGGCUGAUUCUUUACAGAUGGAGAUGCAGUGAUGUAAAGGCAUACUGUGAUGAUUGAUGAUUUAUAACCAAUAUAUAUAUAUUUUUUUUUUUAAAUAUUUGGUAAGUUGUGGAAUUUUACCUAAUCUAACUUGAUUUAGCAAAAGAGUGAAAGUGUGAAGGUCUUAUUUUUUUUUUUUUGGGGGGGGGGCUCAAAGGUUCUACAUGCCCAUGAUACAUUCUUACAGGUGAUUUCAAUUCUUUUGGCUAAAUAGAUGUUCCCUCAGGACUUUAUUACAUCACUCCCGUGUUAGCUUUGUUACCAAAAAAAUACAAACACAAACACAUACAAUUGCACAUUUAUUUCCUAUUAGCACAAAGACUUCACUGAGGUUUAAUCAGCCAGAAUAAUUGAAAACACCUGUGCAGGGAUUUUGAGAUAGGCAUGCCUAAAUUGCACAACUUAUUUAUUACCUUCAUUUGUUUAAAGGAUAAUGUAAUGUUAAGAUGCAUUUCAUUAUUAGUAAUAUAUCUGCUUUUAAAAAUAAUCAAUCUUUACUUUUCAGUAACAACUAGUAUUGAUUUUGGACUAAACAGAUCUAUAUCCACUAAGCCUUUGGUCUACAGAGCACGUACAGAAAAGUCUAAGAUAACAGUGUGUUAUAUAUUGUAACACCUAUUGUAACACCUGGUGUACAGAAUGUUUCAUCUAAUGUUAAAUAACUGAAUGAUAAAUACAAUGAUUGAGCCCUGAAAAGCAUGAUUGUCAUUAAAGUUGCCUGAUUUUCCUGAAAGA